UCAACCAUUCAGCCGUGAGAGAGAGCUGGUAGACGCUUUUUCUCCUUUCCUCGGUUCUUUUCCGCGGCUUCGUCUCCUUUCCCUUGCUCUCUCUCUGCCACCCUAAUCUAGGGUUUUAGGGAGACGGCCACUUCAGCCUCCUCCAAGCUUUCUCACUUCUGUUGCUUUUCGAGCUUCCUUCUGAAACACCAUGGGCAGCGACAAGGCUAACUUCAACAUGGCCGAUCUUAGCGCAGCUUUGAACGAAGGGGAUCGUGCUGGGCUUGUUAACGCACUCAAGAAUAAGCUGCAAAAUUUGGCUGGUCAGCACACUGAUAUGAUCGAGGCUUUGCCUCCCACAAUACGUGAGCGUGUGGAGCGUCUCAGGGAAAUUCAGAGCCAACAUGAUGAGCUGGAAGCAAAGUUUUUUGAGGAGAGGGCGGCCCUGGAAGCCAAGUACCAGAAGCUGUACCAACCGUUUUACUCCCAGCGGUAUGGGCUUGUCAAUGGUGUGGCCGAAGGUGAGGAAGUUCCGAAGAAGGAAGUCUCAGCAGAGGGGGAUAAGAAUGAGGCAGUUGAAGUGAAAGGUGUCCCAGACUUUUGGCUCCUGGCCAUGAAGAAUAAUGAAGUUUUGACUGAGGAGAUAACUGAGAGGGAUGAAGGAGCUUUGAAGUAUUUGAAAGAUAUCAAAUGGUGCAGAGUGGAGGAGCCGAAAGGGUUCAAGCUUGAGUUUUUCUUUGAUACCAAUCCUUACUUCAAGAACUCUGUCCUAACCAAGACAUAUCACAUGAUUGACGAGGAUGAGCCAAUCCUGGAGAAAGCUAUUGGGACUGAAAUCGAAUGGUAUCCAGGGAAGUGCUUGACCCAAAAGCUCCUUAAGAAGAAGCCAAAGAAGGGGUCCAAGAGUGCUAAGCCCAUAACCAAAACUGAGGAUUGUGAAAGCUUUUUCAACUUCUUCAGUCCUCCAGAAGUCCCUGAGGACGAUGAGGAGAUUGAUGAAGAUACUGCUGAAGAGCUUCAGAAUCAGAUGGAACAAGACUAUGACAUUGGGUCUACCAUCCGGGACAAGAUUAUCCCCCAUGCUGUGUCAUGGUACACAGGGGAGGCUAUACCGGCUGAUGAUGAUGAGCUUGAUCUGGAUGACGAUGAAGACGAUGACAUUGAUGAAGAUGAUGACGAAGAUGAAGAUGAUGACGAGGAUGACGAGGAUGAUGAGGAUGAAGAAGAUGAAGACGAGGGAAAGCCUAAGAAGGUGGUUGUAAUAUUAUAAUAUCUGCACUCAGCAUACAAGUGGUUUAUAUUUCCCCCCAUUUUCAUGCAAUUUUGGUUUCCUAUUUUCUGUUCGAGAGCAUUAACUUCGUUUACUUUUGCUGGCAAACGCUCUGCAGGGCUCUGCUGGUGGAAAGAAGAGUGGUGGAAGCAAGACACAAGCCGCGGAUGGCCAGCAGCAGGGAGAGCGGCCUCCAGAGUGCAAGCAGCAGUAAGAGGGGGGCAUUUGCAGUAGCAAGCCUCCUUAAGAGUUUUGGAAUGUGGAAAGAAGAUGAUGAUGAUUCGCCUUUGUUUUUAUUGGGCUGGGUGGGAAAGAGAUGGAACUCAGAGGGUCGUGGAUGUUUUUGGGGGUGGUUCUUUAUAUUCAUUGUUUUUCUGGUUUCGUUUUUCUUAAGUUGCAUGCAAGUCAGUUUGUUGAGGAAGGGAAAGAUUGAUUUAGGGGUGUAGUAGUAGUAGUCCAGAGUCCAGAUACAGAGAUUGAUUUCCUUGAUUUUGCUCUUUGUUAUUCUCGUGUAAUCCAUGGCCGGCAGGGUUUUAUCUUUAAUGUGAAUGUGGCUCCAUUGGGUUUGUCUAUGCUCCUCUUUCCUUAAACCAAUCAAAUUCAUAUGGAAUUUUUUUUGUCGAGGCGUGAAUGGCGCUUUUAAGGUGGGACUGGAAAUGACUUCAUUGCUUUCCUUCCUUGCUUUGGUUUCCUUGUUUGAUCACAGCU